AUGGAUCUCGAACCAUCGAUGAAUACUUCCCAAGAUGAAAAUAUUUAUUCAGAUUAUGAUAAUCGACCUAUACGACCGAUGGAUCAAGAUGCAUUGAAUGAAGCACUUGCACGAUUACCAAUUCUUGUUGAUGAAGAGGAUUCAACUGACACUUCUGAAAUAAAUAAUAGUAUUAAAAUUCGUCGACAACCAAUACUUGCACAUUCAACAAGACGUAAAGAUUUUUCUGGUGUUAAUAUAAGUCAAUCUAUAUUAAAUACAACUGGAACACCAAUAAAUAAUAAACGUAAAAUAGGUGGAUGUACACCUUUAAAUAAAUUUAGUAAACAAAUUGAUUCUGAUCAAGAUUUUAUUCAAAUGAGAGAAGAAAAUAAAGUUUUAGAAGAAAGUAAAGCAAAUUUACAACUUGAAUGUAUUUUAUUAAAAAAAUCACAUGAAAAUGAAUUAGAGAUACUAAAACAAGAGCAUCAACAAAUAGUUGAUAAACUUAUUCAAGAACAUAAUUCACAAUGUCAACAAUACAAUACAUCUCUUCUGGACAAAGAACAAUUACUUGCUCAAACUAAUCUUGAACUUGAUAAUCUUCGAAAUGAUCAUACAAUGUUAUUAUUAGAAAAAGAAACAUUUGAUAAAAUUGUGAUUGAAUAUGAAUUAAUGAAACAAGAAAUGAAUAAUAAAUUAAUUGAAAAUGACCUGACUAUAAAAAAUCUUCGAGAAGAAAUUGAAAAUAUACCAAAAAUUCAAAAACAGAAACAAUUAACAACUAAAUCGACUAAUAGCCGAAUGCCCUCAAGUGAUCGAUCUCGAAUGAUUAAUAAUAAUACAUUUUCAAAAUCAAAUACAAAUAUUUCAACUAUACGACGACCAACUGGUCCAUUAACAUCUCUUCCUACGACUUCAAAUAAAUCAACAUCUUUAUUAAAAUCAAAAUUAAAAGGCAAUGUUGUCAUUGAUGAUAAAAAGAAAUCUAUAUCAAAUGAUAAGCAUUUUAACUCAACAUCUACACGUAUGAAAUAA